AUGGAACGUGCAAAGCGCGGCUCCUACGUGGUGCGCCUGGCGCACGAAGAUAGAGGCCUCGAGUUGGAUGGUAACUGCCUUCAAGUUGUCGUAGAACCAUGGGAGCUCGACCACGAGUACGCCUUCCAAAAGGUGCUGCGGCAAGCUGUUCGUAGCCUCAUGGACAAGCUUCAUUUGCGUAGCGGCGUUCGGCAGAUGCUAGUGCGUUGGUGCGAGGACGGGUUGCACGAGCCUGACGAAGAAGUGCUGGCAGAGGUCGGCCUGAACCAUGAGACAUGGGAGAAGAUCCUGGAGGAGCACCCGAAUGUCGUCAACUUCAAUCUCUCCGUUGGAAACCUGAAGUCUUCACUGGAAGAGCUCCAGCAGACAGGUCUAACGUCCAAGCAGCUCGGGAGGAUUAUCGCCGUGCGGCCGCAAAUCUUGGGUCUCAAUCAAAGCAGCGACCUCGAAUCGCUGGUCUCCGAGCUUCGAGAGCUUGGUCUCAGCCAGGAUCAGGUGGCCAGCACCAUCGAGAAGUGGCCAUCGGGCAAGAAUCUCGCCUCGGCUUUCUCGGUCAAGCCGUACCAAGAGUUCCUCUCUGCUGUUGGCCUCAGCAACGAGGAGAUUAGGAAAGUGUUGGCUUCGCACCCGCGGCUGCUCACUCUGAAUAUCGACGAGAAGAUGCAGCCGAUAGUCGAUUUCUUCCGGGAGCAGGGUCUGGAUCAAGCCAGCAUCGUGCGCAUCAUCAGCCGCUUCCCUCGGAUCUUCGACUACAACCUCUCGGCGAGCCUGAAACCCUGGGCAGCCGGCCUUAGUGCAGCAGGUCUCAGCCCCGCGCAGAUCGCCAAAGUCUUCAUAAGCUACCCGGCGGUCUUCAGCUACAACUGCGAAGUGACCCUGCCGCCCAAAAUCGAAACCUUUGCAGAGCUGGGCAUGAGCGAUGAGGACGUGGGAAAGCUUAUUGCCGGCUUUCCGCGUAUUCUGGGCAUAAGCUCCCAGAGGAUCAAGUCUGUCGUGGACUGGUGUGAGGCAGUAGGCCUCGACGAUGAUGAGACGGGCCGGCUGAUUCGAGCUGCCCCCACCGUCCUAGGUCUCCGUGAAGAGCGGCUUGACGAGACUGUGCGAUGCGUGUGCAAGGCUGGCUGCAACCGGACGGAAGCCGUGCGAGUGAUCGCACAGAGUCCUUCAGUCCUAACCCUCGCCGUGAAGAACCUGGAUCUGAAACUGAAGCUGUUUCGGCGAUACUUCUCAAGAGAGGACCUGGCAAACUUCCUGUCGCGCAAACCUAAAGUCCUCACUCAUGCCUAUGACCGACUGAUACACAGAUUGAGCCUGCUCAAGCGAGCGGACCAACUUGAGCAAUGCUCCUACCUGUUGGGCGCGACUGACUCGCAGUUCAAGAGGUGGGGUUCACAGCAGCCUUCCAUAGCUUUUAAGAAGUAA